AGGAGGAACCCAAGAAGGCAGAGAAAGACCGAGGUGAUGUAUGUGUGUGUACGGUAGGCUAUUCGGCGCUGCAGGUACAGCGAAAGACACAGGAUAUAGGGUUCCGUCCCAGCCCGGGGAACAGCUUCUCCCUUGCCCCGGAGACGUUAUCCUCUCGUUCCACAAUGUCUGGCGGAGAGGUACGUGUCCUCCUCCAAGAGGCUGGCCAGGAGAGCCCGAGGAUGCCGGCCUGGAAACGAGAGAUUCUCGAGCGGAGGAAAGCGAAGGGUGGCGGAGCAGGAGCAGGUGCAGCCGAGCCGUGCCCUAGCGCGAGCUCAUCGCGGGUUAAUGGCGAAGUAACGGGAAACGGCAGUGGCCCCAAAAAAGACAAUGCAGGCUGCGCUGCCACUGGUCGGAACUACACCGUCGCCCCAGCAAGCCAGCACUUCGCAGGCAAGCGUGGCAGCAGCACCGUAACCUCCCCGGAGCUGUCGCCGGUGAAAACAAACAAAGACCCCUGGACCGCCACCGACGCUAACGACUCUGCUGAGAGAACGGCGAGGGAGGACGGGGGACACGAGAGCCUGGUUCUGCAGGACAGUCUAGGCCCCUUGCAAGAGAACCCGUUCAUCAAACUGGAGAAGGAACGGAAGAAACGGCAGGACAGAGAUAAUGCCUCUCGUCCGGUUCAGCACAUACUGGAACUGUAUGGGAGUGUUCCUGGAAUACGGACUAUACGCGCAGAGAAUAUAAUUAUCAUCGAGUCCGACCCGGACUAUUUCCCGGAUACGAGUGGACUCAAAUCCACGUCUACGCUUCAGCAGAAUGGAGUUGGUAAUUAUAGCUCCCUCAACGACCUCUUGGAUCGGAGAGGCAGUGCGGUUACUGAGAUACGGGCGAAGGAAGUGGUCAUUUAUGACACCGCGCUGAGUAGGAGCGAGGAGAACUUGAGCACGCUGGGUCGUCCGGGUUACGAGGGCUCGCUCGAGACGGGAGACGGUCAGGGCAUGGUGAGCCGCAUGCUUCAGAAAUUCGACAGCAACUAUGGUAAACUGCAACCCAAGUCUCGCAGCACAGAGAACCUUCUGGACCUGGAGACCAGCGCAAACAGGUCGAGGUCCCGACCCAAACCACAGCCAGAUCUGGUGCCAAAGUACGUGUCGCACCCUCAACCGGGAUCACCGGUCCGCAGCCUCGUCCGACCGGGCUGGUCCUCCCCCGUCCUCCAGGGCCCCCUGGCCCCCCGGCCCCGGGACUCCACGGGGGCCCCACAGCCCCCGUCUCCCUCCGAGUCCAAGCCCGUCAGCGGCGGAGGCUGGGAGAGUCCCGAGGCGCCCUCCAAACCCAAGGUGCCAUGCUCUCCAGAGAUCCUCCGCGCCCGUGCCGAGUCCCCCUCCGCGGCCUCCCCUCCCUCCCCCAGCUUCGAGAUCCGCCCAGCGGCCCGCCCAGACCUCUCCCAGCUUCCCGCUGGAGACAUCCAGGCCCGGGCCCUCGCCAACCUGCGCCUCCAGUCCCGGAACUCCUUCACGGUCAUCCCCAAGCGCCACGCCUCUGCCCCGGGCAGCACGGCCCCGCCCAGCCCCGCCAGACCCCGCCCCUCCCCCGGAGUGCCAACGCCCCUCUCCCCCACGCCCCUCUCCCCCACCCCCAGCCCGGAGCCCUCCAGCAGAGAAGAGGAGACCAUCCCUGUCUCCCCCUCUCCAGACCUGUCUCCCUCUGCCUCCCCCACCGUCACCCCUGCCUCCCCCACCUCUCCCCCUCCCUCCUCUCCACCCCCAGAGGCCCCCCCCACUGAGCACCUCCCCAUCACCAACAUAGACGACAUUGACGUGGAGCCCGGCCCCCCCUACCCUAGCCCGGUGGUCCAGAAGAGGAAAGGAAACACCUUCACUGUGGUGCCGAAACGCAAGCCCCAGCCCCAGGCCGACCCCCAGCCCCAGGCCGACCCCCAGCCCCAGGCCGACCCCCAGCCCCAGGAGGAGCCCUCUGGAGGGGCAACACCCGCCUCCACGCCCCCCCCGGCCCCCUACGCCCAGCUGGGCUCUCUGCUGAAGAAGCGCUACCCUGCUGUGGAGGAGAUCGAGGUGAUCGGAGGGUACCUGUCACUAGGGCGCUCCUGCCUCUCCAAGACCAGCUCCACGGGCAAGAAGCUGAAGAUCUCCUUCAACGAGUCGAGCCUCCAGAACACCUACGAGUACCCGUCGGAGAGCAGCGUGUGGGACAGCGGAGAGGAGGAGGAGGAGGAGGAGGAGGGGGAGAAGGGAGGAGAGGAGGAGCCUCGUAGUAUAGUGGGCCGCAUCCACAUCCCCCGGCCCGGAUUCAGCAGCUCCCCCUCUCACACCCCCAACAGCUCUGACCUGUCCAGUUACACGCCCAAACACACGGUGGAUUUCAACACCUGGCAGGAACACAAGCUCGAUGACCUGGCGUACCAGGGGGACGCUAAUUCCCAGCGCACACAGAUCUCAGAAGAUGUCAUGCUGACUCCUGCAGACUGCUCGUCUCUCUCAGACUUCGGCAGUGAGCCCGCUCUCUACUUCUGAUCCAGCUGGACUGAACCACACUCACAUUCCAAACCUGUCUAAGCACUCCUCUCCAUCAGUUUCAGCCCCAGACAUCAAUCAACGAUCACAGAUAACCCCCGAGCAGCUGGACUGUGCUGUUUGUCUGAUCGGUGCAUCUGUCCUCCUCUGUUCUCCCUGUUGCUCUGAGGAACCUCGCUUUGGACUGACUAAGUUUGAUUGUUAGGGAAGGUAGUUACGCCACAGAGCAGUUUGCUCCCUGGUCUGGAAUACUCAUGUCCAGCUCCAGUCUGUCUUCCUGCCUCAGCACUCCAUCACUCUCUCUUUCCACCUACCUCCCUCCCUCCCUCCUACUCUCCAUCUUGCUCUCCUCCUCCUCUCUCUGCCUCCAGGAGACAGUGCUGUAGUAACCAGCUCCCUCAGAGCAGCAGGGCCCGUCCGUCUCUGGUUCUCAGUAUUAACGCGUUCCGGAGUUCCAGAAUGUACGCCCCGAGCUCCAUGCGUUCCGUACGUUCUGCUACGAGUGGUCUGACCCACUGUGAGUGACAGAAGAAGAAACAGACUCCGUACAGUGAAAGGGUGCCACAGUCGCAGCCUGUCGUGUUUUUGUUCGUUCUUUUGUAUCCGCAUGUUGAUGAUCUCUAAAGGCUUCUGUCUGGAUGUGGGUUCAGAACAAACCUGAAUUCAGCCUGUUGGACUUUGACCAUGAGAGAGCCAGAGUGAAGCUACCUUCACCCACCACUCAGCUGGAGGUUUCCCUCAGCUCUCCAGACCUGCUGACGAUCACUGAGUUGCUCUCCAGACCUUCUGAAGAUCACUGAGUUGACCAUCAGAGUAUGGAUUGUGGGGAACUGCGAGGCGUGUGAUUGGCCAAUGUUGGACAGGAGUGUAAGCAGAAUCGUAACACAGUGUCUUGGUACAGGUGUCCAGGCGAUAAGUUGUCCCAGGGUAUGAAUGUCUUCAUAAGCCCUUAUCUGAUUACCACCACCGCCACAUCACACCUUCCUGCUGUAAACAGGAAGUGCUUCUGUCCCACAGACCCUAGCAGGGAGAAGAACAUUCUCUCUCCUUCUAUAGUUCAAAUCUGCAUGUCUGACACUUGCUUGUGUAACUGAAAACGCUCUGUGUAGAUCUGAUGGCAGGUGCAGAAGGGCUUGUGUCCCUUUCAGAACUGCAGACUGGGAUACUCGUUCAGAGACUGUGUGUGUGUGUGGGUGUGUGUGCGUAUGUGUGUGAACUGCAGACUGAAUGUGUCUCGGCCUCUCCUGAGAGCUACUUAAACAUUCCACAAAGAAAGAGCGGUUCGUUUUAGUCAUGAUUGAUUGAUUGGUUGAUUGGUUGAUUGAUUGAUGAAGGGUGCAGGAUGGAGUGUGUGCUCAUCCACGUGAGUGUGUAUCUAACGACUGUGGUAAAAUAUGAUGUAAUCAAUGUUUUUUUCCAUUAUUAUUAUUAUAAAAAUACUUUUUUUUACACAACAUUGCACCAAGUCUUCAAAAAUAUUUUUUACUCAUAAUGCCAAUGGAUGCAAGUGUUUAUCUGUAGCUGUGGUAUGGUGGCCACAAAUCACAACAACAUUCACAAAUCUUCUCCUUUUGGCCAGUAUUGAUGUACAGUUUCUACACUCCGAUUUGAAGUUCUUAACCAUAAUUUAUUAUCUGCAUUACUUAAUGCUUUUCCAUAUUUUCAUAUAUCGAUGGACGUGGUUUGGAACGAACCAACGUUAUAGUGCUUUUGUGAGAUUGGGUGACUGAGCAGUUUUAUGUACAACCGUGUCUCAAUGUAAACUUGUAUGUGUCCUUUUUAUUUGCACUGUCGUUGUGCUCGCUGUGUUCGGCUCCUCGCGAGGAGAGAUCCCAGACGUUUGACCCGCGUCUCGAUCUCACCGAGACGGUAGCGUGUAGAAAGACCGAGGCAUUAAGAUGAUUCCGACGAAACCACUGCCCGUUUAUGCCAUGUCCUCCGUCAGACGAUUUGCCACAACAGAUGUAACAGACGUCUUUCUGACUGUCGAACUUGAGCGGUUGGUCACGGAGUCAUCCCAUACAGUCAUGGCUCUUAGGACCGACUCCUGAGUCUUCCUGGUCGUGGUUUCCAUGGAAGCGAGGGACCAGGAAACAGGCCUUCCUGUGGGAUUUUCCGGUGACCGUAUCAUGUGGCACCAGCGGGAUUAUAAAAUGACCGCCAUGAGGACAUAGAGACUGACUCACUUGAAUGAGUGCAGAUGAUAAAAACAUGUUUGGUGAUCGAUACUUAACCACAUUCGUUCUGCCUUGGACUGUUGUAUUUCUGUCUGUCCCUGUCGAAGAAACGGUUCUUAUAAGUCAUACUGUAGCUAGAAAGCUUCAUCUGUUUUCCUUCCUCACUGUCUUGAGUCUUCAACAUCCCAGAGAUGUGCUUACUGUAAACUUUGUACCUGUUAAUUUGGGGAACAAAAAAGAUGUCAGAACUGUACAAAUGAAAGUUAAAUAAAUAGAUGAACC